CCAUAGAUAAUCUCUGAUAAAAUGAGUUUAAACACAAAAAUUCCAGUAAAAUCAUAAUUCAUUUUACUGAUGAUUGUAAUUUAUCUAUGAAGAGAUAUUGCCAACAUCAUCCUGAUUUAAUUUUGGGACAACAUGAGUAUGGAAUCUGUAAUUCCCAGUAUUUCCUGGAGUCGGUGAAGGUAAAGCUGCAAUUCCAGACAGCUGGAACACCUAAAAUUGAGAUCCUGGAUCCCAUUCUAAUAGGCUGGAAAAUGAAAUUCCUUAAUUCCCAGUAUUUUGUUGAUUCAGUGAUGCCAGGGAGCUCUCCUAGAACUUAACUGAGCUCCUGGCUCCAGCUGCAGCAGUCUGGAAAACGAAAUUCCCGAAUUCCCGCAAUCUCCCCGCCUCAGCCAGGGCAUUCCCACAGCGCUCCUCCAUCCCUGCUUUUCGAGCCGUUCCCAUCGGGGCGCCCUCCCAUGAGGGCUCCUUUUACCCCUUAAACCCUUCUCAAGCUCAGCAUUUCCUUUUCCUGCCGAAAAACCCCAAACCGGGAGCGGGAAGGGGCGUGGAAGAAAGCAGGAAUUUCCCUCAAAUGUCCCCGCCCGGAGCCGUUCUCGCUCGCGAGGCUCUCACAGCGCCGUGAGGGGAACGGAGCCGUGAGGGGAACGGAGCCGUGAGGGGAACGGAGCCGUGAGGGAAGAGAAGCUGUGAGGGGAAAGGCACCGUGAGGGAAGAGAAGCUGUGAGGGGAACAGAGGCGUGAAGGGAAAGGCGCCGUGAGGGGACAGCGCCGUGAAGGAACAGCGCCGUGAGGGGACGGUGCUGGUGCCGUGAGGGAACAGCACCCUGAGGGAGAUGGCGGGAAUGGCGCUUCCAAGGAUUCCCUGGAAUUUUCCCGCUCUCUGCUGGCUCCUGACCCUGCCUAUCUCCGGCUCCCUGGGCUUGGAAUGUCAGGAGCACCAAUACAGCUUCCAUGACAAAUGCUGCAGCGACUGCGCCCCAGGAGAGAGGAUGCGGAGCCGCUGCACGGCCUCGGCCGACACCGUGUGCUCGCCGUGCCAGGAUGGAUAUUUCAGCUCCCAGCACCACCACGGCUUCUGCAAAAGCUGCACCAUCUGCAACGCCCGGAAGGGCAGCGUGGAGGUGAAGCCGUGCGAGAAAACCUCGGACAGGGUCUGUGCGUGCCAGGCAGGAUUCCAGCCUGCCGGGGGCGUUCCUGUGGGAAGGGAGUGCUCCCGAUGUCCUGAAGGGACUUUCUCCAGAGGAGGGAACGAGAACUGCCGGCCUUGGACCAACUGCAGCAGCUUUGGGAAGAGCACGCUCCGGGCUGGCACGGGCACGGAGGAUGCCCAGUGCAGCAGCAGCAGCCCUGGCAGUGCCAGCAGCCCCGGCCCACAGCCCUCUCCCACGGAAUUCCCGGAGCACAGGGACCCCUUGCCCACGGAACUCCCGGAAAAUGGGGACCCCUCGCCCACGGGACGCCCCGAGAACAGCUCCAGGACAUCCAGCCCCAGGGACAUCCCCGCCGUUUGCCGGGAUCCCGGCGCUGCCUCGGAGCCCGGAUGGGGCUCUUUAUCCCUGCUGCUGCUGUGCCUGCUCCUGCUGAUGGUGAGUGGAAUUUCCAUCCUGCUCCUGAUCAUCCAGGCAGCCCAGAGAAAAGCCAGGAAUGGGCCUGGGAGGAGCACCCAGCACAAGGAGGGGAGCUGCAGGAUUCCCAUCCAGGAGGAGCAGAUCGAUUCCAACUCCAGCCUCAUCAAAAACUGACGCUGAAAUUCCCGCCCUGGGUUGUUCCUGCUUUUCUGAGCCCCUGGAGCUGAAGGAGCCCUGGCACUCAUUGGGGUUUGCUUAGUUUGGAGCUCCCUUGAGGCUGAUUUAGCUCUUUGGUUCACUCCAGAUCUCCCUUUGGAACUUGGGAGAAUUCCUGAGGGAAUUUUGUGUGGAUGUUUUUUCUUUUGGGCAAAUCCUUGAGCUCUGAAAUCAGGAUGGAGUCACACUCAAUCCACACUUCAUGAAAUGAAUUUUCCCUCUCUAAUUGCUUUUCCACAAAUUUCAAAAGGAAAUUUUUUGGGAGAAAAUCCCAAACUCUGGAAUGUCUGGGAGGAGCCCAAAGUGUCCUUUUGCUGAAUGUAAAAUGUUUCUGUUGAAAUUCCAGAAAAAUGGAAUUUUUUAUCAUUCAGGAGUGAUUUUCCCUCCAACUAUCAGCAGAAAAAAAAAAAAAAAGACAAAUAGUCUCAUUCCUGAGGGGAAAAAGCUCCUCAAAAAUGUGAAUUUUAAACCUAUAUCCCAAAGUAUCCCAAAACAUCCAGCAGGGAAUGGAUGCAGGGAUCCCAGAGGUGUUUAAAUCCAUGGAUUUGGAAGAUUUGGGAUAUUUUAUAUGUUAUACAUAUCCAAAGGGGUUUAUACCAUGUAUAGGAAGGUUUGUAUCGUGUACAAAGGGGCAUUUUGGGGAAUAAAACUCUGGAAAAACAAAUCCUGGUGUGUGUUUGGGGAAAAUGGGACAGCCUGGGGAGGGCUGGGCUGGGAUGGAUGAGCUGAACUUGGUCAUUUGCAAACCCACCUGGAAAAACAUCAAAUAAUCACAUUCCUGAGGGAGAAAAAUCCCGUUUUUCCCUGGAUAAUUAUCACAUUUAUGAGGAGAAAAAAAUCCAAUUUUUCCUUGGAAAAGAAUGACAAAUAAUCUCAUUCAUGAGUAGAAAAAAAUCCCAUUUUUUCUGGGAUAAUUGUAUUCCUAAGGGGAAAAAGUCUCAUUUUUCCCUGCAUAUUUUACCCUUCAGCUUCCAAAUAAAUCUCCCAUAUUUCUCCAAUUUUGUAUAAAAACUGAACCAAACCUAACAACAUUUUAACCACCCUGAAAAAAAAUCAAAUUCCAUUUUCCCCUUCUUGCCAAACCUUCCCACACACAAAUUAAACAUUUCCCUUCAUUUUCCAAGAAGGAAUUAAUUCCUAAUUAAUUUUUAAUUACCUAGCAGCAAUAUUUUUUUUAAAUCCUCCUUUAGAUCAUUAUUUUUUUUUUAUCUUCACUUCCUGCUUUGUGGUUUUGCCUUUUUUGGGUCUUCCUGGUGACGAUUUUCCGUUGCCAUUAUCGCCAGAUUUUUUUAUCUCCUCAAUUUUGACUCAGUUUUGACUCAAUUCUGACUCAAUUUUGCCACCAGAGGUGGAAAAAAAUCCUCACAGGUGAUGCUUGGGGGCCGGACUUGGGAUUUUUCCAGGUUUGUAUUCCUGAGGGGGAAAAAGCCCAUUUUGCCCUGGAUAAUAAUUGUAUUUCUGAGGGGAAAAAAAUCCCAGUUUUCCUUGAAUAACAGCUGUAUUCUAGAGGGGAAAAUAAUCUCAUUUUUCCCUGGAAAAUACCUGCAUUCCU